AUGUCUGCUCCACCCGUUGACUACUAUGCGACACUCGAGAUAGAUGCAAAAGCGACACAGCAACAAGUCAGGGACGCCUACAAAAAACAAGCUCUGCGACACCACCCUGAUCGCGUCCCCGCCAACAGUCCCGAACGCAGCACGCGCACCAAAAAAUUCCAGCAAAUCAACGAUGCCUACUACACUCUUUCCGAGCCAGGUCGCCGACGCGACUACGACCUCUCCCGCAAUCAAUUCCAUGGUUUCGGCGGUAGCGCCGGCACCAGCAGACCCAAUCCAUCGGCAUUCGAGGCAGAUGAAGAAGUGCCGAGACCGAAAGCGGGCGGUGGUUCGACAGCAGGAGGCUUCCCAUGGUCGACGUUCGGAUUUGGUGGCAAUGCGAAAUCCGAAGCCGAGGCCAACACCUACAGCAACGAACAAUUCGGAAGUGUCUUUGAAGAGAUGAUGCGCGACGAGGGAAUGGCGGAAGGAGAUAAUCGUCCGAACAAUGCGUUUUGGUCCGUCGUGGGAAGUGUCAGCGGAGGAGCCAUGGGCUUCAUUGUGGCCAAUUUCCCUGGAGCUGUCGCUGGGGCUGUCGCGGGCAAUCGGCUCGGUGCGAUUAGAGAUAAGAAGGGCAAGAGCGUGUACGCGGUCUUCCAGGAGUUGGAGCAGCCGGAGAAGAUGCGUUUGCUCUCGGAACUGGCAACCAAGGUCUUUGCACAUGCUAUGAGCUGAGCUACCGAGUUUGCAGGGACACCGGGAGGAGACCCAUCGGCGCGAUAAGCGCUUUAUUCUGUUCUCUAGAUACCACUAAAGCGUUCGGGUCAAAGUUUUGAGGUUUUUCAUCGUUGAAUCGCUGCGGUGGACUGGGCUAGCAGGGCACGAGCGGCAAGGAUCUCGGUCUGAUUGUAGCCGUCCCGAUCUUUCUCGCCAGAUGUGCUUCUUCGCACAAUCUCGGCGAGUUUCGCAGUGGCAAGUUCGUUUAGCUUCUGAAUUGUAGCGGUCGCAGGUGCAGGUGAUCCGCUAGUAGCUGACUCAGCGCUCUGCAAUAAGCGACUUGUCGUC